CUGAAUUCUUUAUUAAAAAUGACCUUGACCUUUUAAAUUUGUUUUGUAAACAAGGAACUGUAUAAAGGAACUGAGAUAAACUGAGACUACGUCAUGAAAUUGCAGCUCUUUGUCAUUAUUGCUGGUUUGGUAUGUGCAGUAAGCUGUAGCCAUUUCAGUGCCAAAGAACUAGAGAAAAAAGAAGAUGAUCCCAUUAAAGAUGUUCACCUUAUCUUUAUGAACCAUCUGGAUGUGGGUUAUUCCUUCAACAAUAAACCAGGCCAUGUGUUGACUGUGAUCAACGCAUAUUUCCAAGAGUAUUUUCCCCGUGCUGUUAAAACAGCCCUGGAUCUGUAUGCCCUUGGAUAUGUGGAACGUUUCAUCUACACGACACAUCCCUGGUUGGUCAGUUUGUAUCUAGACUGCCCACCAAAUGUUGUCUUGUCUGGGAUUAAGCUACAGUGCCCCGAUGAAAAGAGCAAGGAGAGCUUCACAGAUGUGGUAAAGGUUGGCUUCAUAACUUGGCAUGCUGGUCCAAUGAACAUGGAGUAUGAAAUGAUGGAUGAAUCAAUGCUAGAGUUUGCUAUGCAGCUUAGUAUGGACCUGGAUGCAAGGUUUGGGUUCCAAAGGAAACACAGAACUGUUAGUCAGAGAGAUGUGCCAGGAACGACAAAAGCUAUCAUCCCAAUCCUGAAUAAGUUAGGAAUACAUGCCAUGUCCAUAGGGGUUAAUGGAGCCACAGCACCUGCAGAUGUUCCGCCAGUGUUUCUCUGGAAAAAUGGAAAUAGUUCUCUGAUAACGCUGUACCAUCCAGGUGGAUACCCUGCUGGUUAUGGCCCCUCCCCGUUCAGACCAGGGGGCUUGUCCAGAAAGGACUGCGCUGUAGUUAAGGGUCUCAGCCAUGCAUUGUGUUUUGCAUUCAGAAGUGACAACCAAGGACCACCUCAGGAUUAUAAGGAGGUACUAACAGUAUAUGAAAUAGCCCGAGCCCAGUUUCCGAAUGCCCGCGUCCAUGCCUCUACAUUUGAAAACUUCACUUCCCUCUUAGUACCGUUUGCCUCCCAGUUGCCCAUUGUUACCAAGGAGAUAGGCGAUGUCUGGAUUCAGGGGUCGGGGUCUGACCCUCGGAAAACUGCAGAAAUGAGAGCAAUGUAUCGGGCGCGCUCUUUGUGUAUGGAAGAAGGCAAGUGUAAGCUGUCAGACCCCAGAGUGUACAACGCCAGCAGGUUCAUGCUGAAACAUUCCGAGCACACCUGGGGAUCGGCAGGCAACAGCGUGGACAACAUCAACUGGGAUAACUCCAGAUUCUACAAGAUACUCAACACCCCAAAUAAUAUUUACAAAAAUGCAACGUUAUUUUGGGAUGAACAACGGAACUUCACCAAUCUUGCCCUGGAGGCUCUCGGAAACCACACACUCGCCAACAUGAUAAGAGAAGAGUUCCAACAAUUGAGACCUGAGAUUCCGGAAACAAGAAGUUUUAAGACUGGAACCCCCAACUCUGACUACACAUGUGGAUCAUACGUCCUGAGGUUUAACAGCCAGGGGGUGCUGUCCAGGCUCAAAGAUUCGGCAGGCAGGGAAUGGGCAUCAGAUGAAUUUCCCAUGGGUCAGUUUGUUUACCACACAUACAGCGCUAAUGAUUUCCAGGAAUUUUUCAACGCCACAACGCCUUAUAGUAAAGAUUUCUUUCUUGGUAUUGGUAAACCGAACAUGUCAAAGAAUGCACAGCCUAUCAGCAACUACUGGGAAACGCAGAUGGACUCAUUGCUGGUUAAUGAGGGAAUUAUAAUAGCCUCGUUGUCAAUGGUGAACAAUGUGACGAGAACAUACUAUGGUGCCCCAGCAAAGAUCUCCUUACAGUAUAACUGUCUCGAUGGUAUCUGGGUGACUGUACAAUGGUUCGGUAAGGUACCAACUCGCCUACCGGAGGAUCUGACAUUCGUGUUCACGCCUGCUCCUCAGACGGGCCUGACUUGGCGACUAAACAAAAUUGAAGACAUGAUUGACCCACUAGAUGUUGUUACAAAUGGCAGUCAGAGACUUCAUGCCAUCAACAGAGGAGUAUUCUAUACAGACCCCUUUCUUCAUGGUCUGGAGAUUACGUCCCUUGAUUCUGCCGUCGUCAACAUCCUAACUGAUCAGCAGUAUGUUUCCAUGAUUCCUGUACCCCUUAAACCCAUAAGCAGUGUGCAGGGCGUCGCCUUUAACUUGUACAACAAUGUAUGGGAGACCAAUUAUAUAUUCUGGUACCCGUACUGCAAAGAGGAUAUAGACCAAAAAUUCCGGUUUUACUUGAAUUUUAUGUGAUGUAUUUGUGAUAUAUGUUCACCUGAUAUCAUGUGCAAUUCAUGUGAUACAAUGAAUAUUUGUGAUACUUUUUGUCUACCACUUUGGAGUCUAAGCCAUAUGGCUGAAACGAUGAUCAAAUACUGUCAAAAAUGGAUUAUUUACGACUGAUGUGGAUGGUAUUCGAUUUCCUAAUAUCAGAUUUACAAUUUAUAUAUUCUCUAAUCAUUGAACAAUAUUGUAGAACAUCAAUAUUUCAUGUUUGAUACAUGUAUGAAGCUUAAAACUGCAUACUUAUCGGUAAAAGUUGCGUCUAAAUACAAAGCACUUAGCGUCGUUUUUCAUGUACAUUUGUUAUCCCCCGCCGAAUCAAAGGUUUCGGGAGGGGGAUAUUGUUUUGGCAAUGUCUGUCCGUCCGUCCUUCAGUCCGUCCGGUACCAUAUCUUGGUAUGUAUUGAUCAGAAAAUAUUCAAACUUGGUCAGAAUGUUUCCAUUGAUUAAAUCUCGACCACUUGUAAAAGUGGGUCACAUGGGGUCAAAAACUAGGUCACUAGGUCAAAUCUUAGAAAAAUCUUUGGAACAAACUAGAGGCAUUAUACAUGGUCAAAUAUUCAUGAAACUUUAUCAAAAUGUUUUCUUGGAUGAAUUCUUGAAAGUAUAUAAAACUGGGUCACAUAUGAUCGAAAAUUAGGUCACUAGGUCAAAUCUUAGAAAAAUCUUGUCAGGAACCAUAUCAUGGUAAUGAUUUGUGAGAUAAUGUUUAAACUUGGUCAGGAUGUACCACUUGAUGAAAUAUGGGCCGCUUGUAAAAGUGGGUCACAUGGGGUCAAAAACUAGGUCACUAGCUCAAAUCUAUGGAACACAUUAGAGGCAUUAUGUAUGGUCUAAUAUUCAUAAAACGUGAUCAGAAUGUUUUCCUUGAUGAACUCUUUGACAUGUUUAAAACUGGGUCACAUGUGAUAAAAAAAAUAGAAAACUGGGUCACAUGUGAUAACAAAUUAGGUCACUAGGUCAACCUCUUCCUACAAUAUAAUGGCUUCAAGCAGUACAUUACAGGUCCUACCCACAGCCUUGGAGAUACACGAUUUUCUAGUUAAUACAGUGGUUUGGUAAGAUUCGAAAAACACAUAAGGUGUUGUUGUUGCCUUGUUUCAUUAAUGUUGUCGACGUAAAACUAGUAAUCAUAGUAAUAUCUAAAACGUGUUCAAGAUAUUCAAAUGAAACAUGGUAAACAUGUUGCCAGAGACAUUGCCACAUAACUCUAGCUUUCAUAAUUUUCACUUUUCAUAAUUGUUGGCGUUUACUCAAUGCCGUUCUUUUUUACAUUUAAAUCAUUUAUUAUUUCCAAUCUGCUGUGCAUUGCAAUCUAUUUAAUAUGUGAUGAAAUCAACAUUUCAUAUAAAUACGGCACGUACUAAUAUGGCUUUAUAAAUGUUUUGUUUGUUUGUUGGAAGUGUGAUCUUAUAAAAAGUUGUAUUAUUAACUCAAUGUUAGGAAUACUUUACAUGUUUGUAUUCUUUAGUUUUUAGUAAUGUUCAGAUUGAGUCAAUAUCCAGCUUAUCAUUGAAGAUCUGAGAAUGGAAACAGAACGCUUUUGCUUUAAUAUAACUUUAUUUUUUCUAGUUUGGCUGUCUGUAAAAAAUGCUCACCGACAACAAUUGUUUUUAGGAGUAUUUAAGUCUUAAGACUCAUUAAGAAAUAAAGGCCAAGAACAAGCAAUGUUCAUCUGUGUAGGAAUGUUUAGAAGAUUACAUCAAUCCAAAUCUUAUUUGUUGCUAUGCGAUUUGAGUUUGACUAUUUUUCGAACAAAAAAUGACGAGGUAUUGUCAAAUCGUUGUUGCCGUUGGCAUUAUCGCCGUUGGCCAUUACUAAACAAUAUAUUUUAUGAUAUUCAAACGAAUGCAAAAGUGAUUCCAACAUGUACAGUUAGGCCCAUAACUUUCGCCUUAAUAUUAGUCGAGUGUUAAACUGAAGAAAAGGGUGAGUGUUGUUGUCUGCUCUGUGGUACUUUGUUUUCUUUCCAAUUUAGUAUAUACUGAUUUAUUUUAGCUCGAUUGUGGCUUAUUGCAACACCAUCGAGUCUGUUUACUGGGCACAAACCAGUACUAUGUCCUUUUUGAGAGGCAAUGAGAAAGUACCCGUAGUGGUAAUUGAACACAGGAUGUGUUGGGUGAAAGGCGGUUACCUUUACGGCUACACCACUCUCACACCCUUUUCAUUUCAACAGAAAACAGUAAAUCUACAAUGAGAUAUCACUAAACAGAAUGAGUAAUAAAAUUACAUGUUGGUGAAUGAAAAUAUUAAAAUGAAGUUUAACACACUUUCUUUAAUAUUUCCAGGAACAAUCCUAUUUUGAUGCAUUAAGUAUAAAACGAUAUUUUUGAAAGGGCUAUUGGCUCUGAAUAAUCAGGCAUUUCAUCAGAUGCGUAAACAGCUGUCUCAUUAAUUGUAUAUUAUAUAUGGCAACGAAAUCCCCAUUUUCUUUACGUAGUAUUAAAUACGUUUUCAAGGAGUAUUCAGUACCGGAAAGAGUUGUAAGCAGAUUGAAAGAAAUUAUCAGAGUAUUUUGUAUUCUUUUUUUAUGCCCCCGAAGGUGGGCAUAUUAAAAUCGCACCGUCCGUCCGUCCGUCCGGCUCUGUAACUUUCCCUUGUAUGGACAGAUUUUAAAAUAACUUGCCACAUGUAUUCCACAUACCAAGACGACGUGUGGCGUGCAAGACUCGUGUCCCUAUCUCAAAGGUCAAGGUCACACUUAGUGUUUUUUCACAAUGGAGUGCUGCAUAUAAGGACAUAGAGUAUAGGUUGUCGUGUCCGGGCUGUAACUUUCUCUUGUAUGGACAGAUUUUAAAAUAACUUGCCACAUGUGUACCACAUACCAAGACAACGUGUCGCGUGCAAGACCCGUGUCCCUACCUCAAAGGUCAAGGUCACACUUAGUGUUUAUUCACCAUAGAGUGCUGCAUAUAAGCAUAGAGUAUAGGUUGUCGUGUCCGGGCUGUAACUUUUCCUUGUAUGGACAGAUUUUAAAAUAACUUGCCACAUGUGUUCCACAUACCAAGACGACGUGUCGCGUGCAAGAACCGUGUCCCUACCUCAAAGGUCAAGGUCACACUUAGUGUUUAUUCACAAUGGAGUGCUGCAUAUAAGGACAUAGAGUAUAGGUUGUCGUGUGUGGGCUGUAACUUUCUCUUGAAUGGUCAGAUUUUAAAAUAACUUGCCACAUGUGUUCCACAUACCAAGACGACGUGUCGCCUGCAAGACCCGUGUCCCUACCUCAAAGGUCAAGGUCACACUUAGUGUUUAUUCACAAUGGAGUGCUGCAUAUAAGGAUAUAGGGUAUAGGUUGUCGUGUCCGGGCUGUAACUUUCCCUUGCAUGGACAGAUUUUAAAAUAACUUGCCACAUGUGUUCCACAUACCAAGACGACGUGUCGCGUGCAAGACCCGUGUCCCUACCUCAAAGGUCAAGGUCACACUUAGUGUUUAUUCACAAUGGAGUGCUGCAUACAAGGACAUAGGGUAUAGGUUGUCGUGUCUGGGCUGUAACUUUCCCUUGUAAGGACAGAUUUUAAAAUAACUUGCUACAUGUGUUCCACAUACGAAGACGACGUGUCCUGUGCAAGACCCAUGUCCCUACCUCUAAGGUGAAAGAUACACUAAGUGUUUAUUCACAAGGGAAUUCUGAAUAUAAGGACAUAACAGUGUAGGUUGUCAAGUAUGGGUGGUAUUUUUUAUGUUCAGAGGAAAUUUAAAAUAACUUGCCAUAAGUAUUUGACACAUAAAGGCAAGAUCAACUUUUCAUGUACUGACCUUGUUCGUAGGUCAAUGUCACAUUCGGGGGCAUUCGUCACAUACUGUGACAGCUCUUUCUUUUUUUUUGCGGGGGGGGGGGGCGGCAGGAAGUCACCUUCAUUUGUGUAUGGAUUAUAGUACAGUGCCCAAUUAUAUGAACUUGUUUAAAGACUUGAAAGUCACUUGUAGUGUAUGUACAGGUUUAAAUAAAUUAUUUAAUGUUCAUUAUGGAUGCAUUCCAUUUUUGUACUGUUUUUCACAAUAUUAUUUGAAUUUUUAAACAAUUUAAUUCAAAUGCAUUUAUUAAAGUUACAAAAUAUA